AUGGAUGUGGAGCUGUACGUGUACGACUUGUCCAAGGGGCUUGCACGGAUGUACUCGCUCCCUUUGACGGGAACGCAGAUCGAUGCCAUCUACCAUACCUCUCUGGUACUGAAUGGAGUCGAAUAUUUCUUUGGGCAGGGCAUCCAGACCGCUGUCCCUGGUAGCACCCACCAUGGUCAACCCAUUGAGAAACUUCACAUGGGCCGGACCGAGUUGCCCAGUGAUGUAAUUGAAGAGUACAUCUCGUCGCUCGGAGAGAUCUAUACUCCGGAGUCUUACGAUCUCUUCCUACACAAUUGCAACAACUUCACCCAAGACCUGUCUAUGUUUGUGGUCGGGAAGAGCAUCCCAGAUCACAUCCGCAACCUGCCCAAGACGUUCCUGGACACCCCCUUUGGCCAGAUGAUGAAGCCUCAGAUCGAGAUGGCUCUUCGCGGAACGGUGCAGGGCUCUGCACCAACUCCCCAACCUUAUGUCAAUGGUUCCUCAUCUGCUGCUGCUGCUGCGCAGCCGGUGCCGCUUGCACCCUCCCACGGCACCGUCCGAGUGGUCAGCAAUGUUCCGCAGCUCGAGGAACAACUCGCCGCUGCAUCGCAGUCCUGCGCAAUCAUCUUUUUCACUUCGGCGACAUGUCCCCCUUGCAAGGUGCUCUACCCUGCAUAUGACGAGCUUGCCCAGGAAGCCGGUGACCAGGCCACCCUCAUUAAGGUGGACAUCAGCACGGCUCGCGACGUCGGCAUGAAAUACAGCAUCCGCGCCACGCCAACCUUCAUCACCUUCCUCAAGGGCUCGAAGCUCGACCAGUGGAGCGGCGCAAACCCAUCCCAACUCCGAGGCAACGUGCAUCUCCUUAUACAGAUGGCGCAUCCCUCCCACCCUCAUCGCCAACUCCACCUCCCAAGCCUCCAGCGGUCCAUCACCAAAUUCGUCCUCUACCAAAAAGUUCCACCCUUUGAGAAACUACUUCCGAGACUCCAACCUUACCAUGAAGACCCGCGCCUCACGUCCAUCAUCGAAUUCAUCAACCGUCGCACCGCCUCGCCCGUCGACACCCCUCUCCCAGACAACCUUCCUUCUUUCGCCACCUACCUCCAAACCACCGUGCAGACGCUCCCUCGCGAGAACGUCUUUGCCGCCAUCGACCUUGCUCGUCUCCUUUUCCUCGACCCGCGAGUAGCCGGCUACUUCGCCGAGGAGCCCGACCACAAGACCAUUCUCACUUUACUCUCGCCCUCUGAAACCCUCUCCUCCUGCCCGUACCCCCUCCGCAUCAUCAUGCUGCAACUCGUCUGCAACCUCUUCAACACCCCCCUCUUCUCGAACCUCCUGGUCACCUCUUUCUCUCCCGCCUCCCCACUCCACGAAACCACCAUCCGCCUCGUCACCGGCUGUCUCCUCGACUCGCAUCCUAACCUCCGCGUCGUCGCCGCCUCCCUAGCCUACAACAUCGCGGCGCACAACCACAACGCUCGCUUCAACGCGACUGCCAGUGCCGGAUCACACGAUAAGCUCUCCGAGGAAGACCAGGUCGAACUCACCGCGUCGCUCGUUGAAGCCAUCACCCAGGAAGAAGAGAGCGUGGAGUCCCUACACGGCCUCCUCUUUGCGUUGGGGCUCAUCGUGUACGAGGCGCCUAUGGACGGGGAGGUCGUGGACCUGUGCAAGGCGAUGGGGACCGCGGAGGUGGUGCAGCAGAAGAAGAAGGUCGGGACGUUGGCAAAGGAGUCAUUGAUUCAGGAGGUUGGGGGGGAGUUGUUGGGGAGGGGGUUGUCUUUGUAA